GAGAGAGAGAGAGGGCAGUCGUCAAUGCGCUACGCUCGCAGGGGGAGUAAGGGAGCGAAAAAACGGAACGUGGACACAAUGGAUUGUCAAAUACACGAAUUAUAAAGGAGCAAGGAUUUAGGAAACACUGGGAAUAAGGAGACGAGGUAGUCCCGGCGGAGCUUCAGUAUGCUGUCAUUGCUCUCGGUCAGUCCCACUCCGAGGUGCGCUUGAUCAACCAUGAUGAAGACGGAAGCCCCGACCGCGGGGGGCAACAACGGCGGCGCCGGGGCGACCCUGCGGAGCCCGUCCCCCCACCGGAACGCGUACGAGGCCGGGCUGCAGGCACUGAAGCAAGCCACAGACGCCCUUAACAGCGCGGCCAACGGCGGCAACGGCAAGGACGGCAAGCCUCCGCCGCUGCCCCGGCCCCCGGGCCGCGGGCGUCGCUACGGCUCCAACGUGCACCGCAUCAAAAACAUGUUCAUGCAGAUGCAGUCGCCGGGCGACGACGACGACGACCCCUCGAAGGCGGGCGCCGAGCAGACCGUCAAGCUGUCGCUCCCCCGGGCCAGCAGCCUGAACGAGAACGUGGACCACAGCGCCCUGCUCAAACUGGGCGCCACCGUGUCGGAGCGCGUCAACCGCUUCGACCCCAAGGCCGGCGAGGGCGGGGCGGCGGGCCGCAGCUCGGCGGGCUACUCCAAGCUGCAGGAGACCCGGAAGAUCUUCGAGCAGCGCACGCUGCAGGAGAAGCAGGCGGCCACCAACCGCAUCCUCCUGAAGAAGGAGCGUGCGUCGGGCUUCCAGGAUGGCCGCUUGGACGUGGUGGUGCGCUUCAAUGGCAGCACCGAGGCCCUGGACCGGCUGGACGCGGUCGGGAGCGGCGGAGGGGAGGCAGUCAGCCCCACGGUGAGCCAGCUGAGCGCCGUGUUCGAGAAGGGCGACCUGAGGAACCACCUCCACCGGCCUUCCUCCACUUCGCCCCUGCCCCGUGGGGAGAGCCCCACUCCGGCCAAGCCCUCAGGCCUCGACUCCAACGACUCGGCCCAGAAAGUGCGCGUGCCUCCCCCCGGAGGUCAGGAAGAGGGGGGCCACCAGGCCUCAGACCAGGAGGGGUCCCCGCGGAGGAACAGGGCAGCCCCCCGACACGAAGACGGGACCUCUGGCGGCCCUCGACCCGGGGACAGAACCUCCACCGCCUCCUCCGGCGAUGCUGAGCGGGAGGCCGGAACUGAAGCCAGGGGCUCGAGUACGGGAAGCGACCCAGACAGGGAGUCCAAACCUGGGGAGCAGCGGGACUCGGCGGGCCCCGAGGCAGGGAGCCGGCUGGUCCAGGCUGAUGUCCACGCCUCCCGGGAGAACGGAGAGGGCGGAGACAGGGCAGCGGGGGAGGAGCCAGAGGCGGGGUCUGAGCUGGAGGGGCGGGACGAAGACGGCGGGGAGGAGGAGUCUCGGAAGGAGGAUUACUCGGAGGGAGACCUGGUGGACGUCAGUGCGUACAGCGGCAUCGGGGAAGACUCUGGAGGGAGCCAGCUGGACGAGGAUGAGGAGCAGGAAGAGGAAGCCUACGAGCCCGAGUCCAGCUCCUCCGAGAUGCCGGGACUUCCCCCGGAGGAGGAGCCUCCGCCAGCCAAUAGGAAGAUCUGCUUCAGCACUGGACCAAUCACGGUGAGUCAAGGUUACAUAGCACCUGAGGUUUUCCGCGAAAUAGAAGAGAAUUCCCGUUUGCUUUGAACAAGUUAUGUGAUG